UGUACAGUGUGACUCCAAACCAAAAGAUGGCGCUCUAUUCUGCACUUCUUCAUGCGCCGGGUCCAUAUGACGUAAUGUAAGGGUUUUAAAGAUUAUUUUCCCAAGGACUCGGCAAAGUUCAAGCCAUGGAUAGAUUUGGGUUUAUUCGGGUCAAGAUACCAAUAACAGUGUUAUUAUCGUGUAUGUUUACAUUGUCCUCCGGCAGCGAAAUGAAUUAUGUGACGUGCGGGUCAGUGGUAAAGCUGCUUAAUGUAAAACACAACGUCAGAUUACACUCUCAUGAUGUCCGAUAUGGAUCUGGUAGUGGUCAGCAGUCAGUGACAGGUGUGACCACAGUGGAGGACAGUAACAGUUACUGGAGUGUGCGGGGCACCACUCAAGCUGUAUGUCACAGAGGGACUCCUGUAAAAUGUGAUCAGAACAUUCGUUUCACCCACGUCAACACUGGCCGCAAUCUGCACAGCCACUUCUUUACCUCUCCACUUUCUUCAAAUCAGGAGGUCAGUGCGUUUGGUGAGAAUGGCAAGGGUGACAAUCUUGAUGAGUGGACCGUUCUGUGCUCCGGCUCAGUUUGGAAGCGUGAGGAGUCUGUUCGGUUCCGCCACACAGCCACUGAGGCUCUGCUGUCUGUGACCGGUGAACAGUACGGCAGACCUAUUCACGGCCAGAGAGAAGUGCACGGAAUGAUGAUCAGCAGUCCUCACAGCUACUGGAGAACAAUGGAGGGCAUCUUUAUGAAACCAAGUGAGACUGGAUUCAGGGAUUUCACCAGCCCACAACACACAGAGUUUUAGAGGAAUAAUUUAUACAGUUCAAGACCUACUGGACUGUUUGUUUCAUUGAGUUUUGUUAUUUAACUUUAAAGUAAUGGUUCACCCGAAAAGAAACGUAGUUCAUCAAUUCACUCACUCAUCAUCUGUACUGUUACUGUAUGCAGCAUAGAAAAGAAAUUGAUGACCAAUGUUUUAUUAUUGGGUGAACUGUUUCUUUUAUGUGCAAAGGUUGAUCAGAUUGUGCCUCAUUCUUAUUUUAAAACUUGAAUUAUACAACGUUAUAUUGUAGGCAACAUACAGUCUAAAGCAGGCUUAUGCAUUUCUUUCAUUGCUUUAAGCAAAAGUUGUUUGGUCUUAUUUUUGAAAGGUGCUGUUAUAUUUUCAAACUUAAAAGAUUUUUUAAUCACAGAGCGAAAGUUCAAUGUCAGUGUUUUAGCCUAACUUGUGGCUUGAACAUAUUGUGCUCAUCUAUUAGAAUAUUUACUGAUUAUUAUAAUAUUUCAUAAAAACCAUGGCCAUCUGUGUGUACCUCAUGGUAGCCUAAUAUGUUUGCACACAGAAACCACCUAAUGUAUUUCACUUGAAGAUUACAGGAUGUGCUUAAAGCUAGAUUUCCAGGAGCAGAAUUGAGCAUUCUUACUCUAUGCUAACCUCAGAUUUAGAGGAAAAUCUAUAAAACUGUGCUGGUAAAAGUAUUUCAUAAGACGUGGUGCUUAUGUUAGACUGGUUAUGUUUUUUAGCUAAGCUUGUAUCUUUACAGAAAAGUAAUAAGGUAAUAUUUAGAAUGUACAAGUAUUAAUUUUUUGAGUGGCAUUUAAAUUAAUGUCUGGUUCUCAAUGUAUAAACCAAAUCAUACUUUAAGAAGUGCCUUUUAUUGAGUAUAUAUUUACUCUAAUGGUUACAUAUAGUCUAGGUGCUGUACAUCUUAAGACACACCUUUAAUGCCAUUUGCACAAUGUGGUUUUUUGAUAUAACUAUUAUAAUAUAUUAUAGAAUAAGAUGCCAUGUAAAGCAUUAUUCUGUACAUAGUAAGAUGUUUUCAGUGUACAAUUACAAACAGGGUUAAUUUCUACACAUUUACAAUGGAGAACACAGUUAAAUCAAUAAACAUGUUCAUGUAUAUUUGAAUGUUUAUGUUUUCUCAAGAAUGGUAUGUGUAAAAAUGCUAUUUUUUAGAUGCUUUAUUUUAUGGAAUUUAUGACUCCUUUAUUGUCUUUUAUCUUCACAUAUCUAAUCUGCAAGGAUUAGUGUAGAAAAACGGUAGCUUUAUAAAACAAUAUUCAUCUUUAAUAUAUAUUUACAUAAAUUGUUAUUUGGUCAACUUUUACAUUUUCAGUGGUUUUAGUUCGACUCAAUUCAUUAACUGCAUUCUAAAUGUAAUAAAGCAAAAACGGAAGGAAAAACGCUAUUUAAAUUACAUCACAAAGUCAUUUUAUGCAGCGUGGAAGAUUAUUGAAAUUGUUUACACAUUCUGGUUUGGGUUUAAUAUGCUGUUUAAUAGUAUUUAUUGAAUGACAUGAUAUUUACCAGCAUGAAGUCAUCCAGGUUAUUCAGAGUCUUGUUUUAUCUGCAGGGUUACUGUAAAAUGUGUUAAAAAAAAAAACAGCAGCAGAAGCAGGAUCGACAUCAUCAAUCCAAUCAAAACACAAUUUUAAAAGUAUUGUCAGAUUCAAUAAAGAAUUUAUUUCUUCA